AUGGCAGCGAGUUUGAAGCCAACGCCGGCAAUCCUACUCAGCAGUCCCUGCUCCUCAUCUGCCUACUCCUCUCGUCUCCCUCUCCAACCGUCUCCCCGGCCCCGCUUUCCCCAUGUCCAAGCUUCACCUGCCACGGAAGCUACACCGGCCUCUAGAGUUGAACACGAAACAAGAUAUACAUACAACCAUGCCUCUGCUGGCGUUGCCGCUGCUCCGAAGACGCUGUCCAGCUAUGAGCCCUCUCUGUGGGGUGACUACUUCCUCGACUACGAGCCAAAACCACUGCAGAGGUCAGAAAAAUGGAUGACUGCAAGAGCUGAUAAAUUAAAGGAGGACAUCAACAUGUUGUUUGAGAGUUGCAAGUGCACGGUGGAAAGAAUAACCUUAUUGGACAGUGUCCAACGUCUCGGAAUAGAUCAUCACUUUAAGAAACAGGCUGAUAUCGCGUUAAGUCAAAUUAUCGAGGAUGAAUUCAGUAGCUCUAGCCUCCAUCACGUUGCCCUCCGGUUUGGCUUGCUUCGAGAACAUGGUCUUUGGGUGUCUUCAGAUGUUUUCAACAAAUUUAAGAAUGAGGAUGGGAGCUUUAGGAAAGAUAUUACCAAUGACCCAAAGGGACUUUUAUGUCUAUACAACGCAGCCCAUCUUCUUGUUCAUGGUGAGCCAUCAUUGGAAGAAGCUAUCUCAUUUACAAAGCAUCAUCUUGAAUUGAUGAGGGACACUCUCAAGUCUCCUUUAGACGAGCAAGUUAAACGUGCCCUUCACGUACCAUUACCAAGGACAUUGAAAAGGGUGGAAACACUCCAUUAUAUCUCUGAGUACAUGCACGAGGAACAACAUAACCCAACUCUAUUGGAGCUUGCGAAGCUGGAUUUUAACCUUCUACAACAUGUACACUUGAAGGAACUCAAAUAUCUCACUAAGUGGUGGCGCGGUCUGUACAGGUGUGUCGGGCUAAACUAUGCUCGGGACCGCCUGGUGGAGGGUUACCUUUGGUGCUAUGCCAUAUACCAUGAGAAAGAAUUUGCGUUCUCAAGAAUAUUUCUUACCAAGCAAUUGAUGCUUAUUUCCUUGAUGGAUGACACAUAUGAUGCCCAUGCCACCAUUGAGGAAUGUCGACAACUAAAUGUGGCCAUACAAAGAUGGGAUGAGAGGGCCACUUCUCUUCUACCCGACUACCUUAAAAGGUUCUAUACUGAACUAUUGAGAAUAUUUAAAGAUGCUACGAGUGAAGUGGCAAUUUGUGACACUUACCAUGUUGCCUAUGCCCGAAAAGCGUUUCAAGAUCUGUCCGCUUAUUAUCUCCAAGAAGUUGAAUGGUUACACCAGGAUCACAAGCCAAGCUUUAAAGAUCACCUGAGUUUAUCAGCCAUGUCCAUAGGAUCACCAACGCUAUGUGUAGGCUUGAUGGUUGGCAUGGGAGAUCCAGUCACAAGGGAAGCAUUUGAGUGGGCAGCUGGUUACCCAAAAGUCGCCAUAGCGUGCGGGAAGAUAGCACGUCUAUUGGAUGACAUUGCCGCAUUCAAAGGCGGGAAGGCCAAGGGGGAUAUGGCAAGCUCUAUAGAGUGUUACAUGGUUGAGCACAGUGUCACAAGUGAGGUUGCCAUUUCCAAGAUCCUAUCACUGCUAGAAGACGAAUGGAGAACUCUAAAUCAAGCUCACUUCGAACAUCAUUCACACCUCCUAGUGGUGCGGCGGAUUAUUAACUUUGCUAAUAGCAUGCUAGUGUUCUAUGCUAGGAAAGAUGCAUAUACCUUCAGCAUAAAUCUUAAGGAGACUGUUGAGAGCCUUUUUGUGAAACCCAUUCCCAUGUAG